CCUCUCUCCCCCUCCCCCCGCGGUUGGUCGGAGCCGCGGCCCAGAAUGCCCCGCGCGGGGGAACCGCCUCCCUUUGCCCGGCUGGAGGCCGCGUGGACGCAGCGCAGACAUGGCAGCCAACUUCCUCAUGCACGAGAAGAUCUGGUUUGAUAAGUACAAGUAUGACGAUGCUGAGCGGAGAUACUACGAGCAGAUUAACGGACCGGUUGCCAGCUCUUCAUGCCAGCAGGAGAACGGAGCCAGCACGAUCCUACGUGACAUUGCCAGAGCCAGGGAGAAUAUCCAGAAGUCACUGGCCGGACACAAGACAGGUCUGGAUAGCCACAAAGAAGUGUCACCCGCCCGCCGCAAGAGGCAGUCAGGUCGCCCAACUAGUGCCAGCACAACCUCUGCCGCUGGCCCCAGCGGCGACCAAAGUGAGCUCAUCUCCCGGAUUUCCAGCCUGGAGUUAGAGAACAGAAACCUUCGCAGUGUUGUUGCAGAUCUCCAGCACGCCAUCUCCAAACUAGAAAGUCGCCUGAGUACCCUAGAAAGAAGCUCUACUUCUCACCAGUCCUCAGCACCACUACCAACCCAGCAUGUCACCCCCAUGAAGAAGGUGGAACCACUGUCUGCUUCCUCCAAGAAAGUGGAGCUGCCUUCUGCACCACCUGCAAGGAAAACUGCUGAGCCCCCUGCUGCUGAUGAGGAUGAGGACGACGAUGACAUCGACCUCUUUGGCAGCGAUGAUGAAGAGGAAGACCAGGAGGCUGCCAUGGUCCGGGAAGAGCGACUGCGCCAGUAUGCAGAAAAGAAAGCCAAGAAGCCGGGCCUCAUUGCCAAGUCUUCCAUCCUCCUGGAUGUCAAGCCUUGGGAUGACGAAACGGACAUGGCAAAAAUGGAGGAGUGCGUGCGCUCCAUUCAGAUGGACGGCCUGGUGUGGGGAGUCUCCAAGCUGGUGCCGGUCGGCUACGGCAUUAAGAAGCUCCAGAUCCAGUGUGUGGUGGAAGAUGACAAGGUUGGGACAGACAUACUGGAGGAGGAGAUCACCAAGUUUGAAGACUAUGUCCAGAGUGUCGACAUUGCUGCUUUCAACAAGAUCUAAGAAUAAACCUUUAUCCUUUCUGAAACCGGCAUGAAUAAAGAUCAAGGUUUCGAG